CCUCCUUCAGCACGGUCAUUAUACAUCUCAGCAAGCUAAACAUUUCCAGAUAAAGUGUCACAAUAAGAACAACAUGAGCACUUCAAGUUUGGUUCAACCGGGCCUUACAACGGCCAUCGUUGGCCACCUACCAGCCAUAAAGUUGCGCCUACGAAAGAAAGUUCCUCAGCUGUCCUUUCAGGAUGUACGGCGCGCCCGAAUUCCCUUCUACGAGGCUCUAGUCAGUGAACUGUACGAAGGAGGCUGUCCCAAUGCUGCAUUUCUGAUGCUUCAGCUGAUCGAGUUCGAGCACGAUCAUGUCCCACCGACGUCGGACCCUGCCAUCGAGGAUAAACGAUUAAAAAAUUCUAAAAAUCUGCUCAAUUUCCUCUAUAAAACGCUGCGCGUGGCAGAACAUCAUAAAAAUGAGCAGCGCUUUGCCGACGAGGUGGAACACCUGUUGAUGAUUGGACGAUCGUUUCAGGAUAAUAAUCAUAAACGGUGGAUCGCACGGCAGUUCUUCCUUAUUGGUCUGGAUCGGUGCGAGGAUUGUCAACUGGAGGGCAGCCGGAUUGCAACGUUGGCUAAAUAUUACUAUGGAACGUUUCUGCUGAAGGAUACAAUUUUGGAUGAGGCUCUGGAGAUGCUUGAAUCUGCCGAAGAUUGGGCCCGCGAUAAAAACUGGCUUUUAGAAGAAGGAGAGGAUGCCUUUGGGUCUCACUUAUUGGUUAGUGAGAUUUAUCAUCAACUAUUUUUGGGGUACUCAGCCAUGUGUCAGCGAUAUAAGUUGUCUGAUGUCGACCUGUUUGACUCCUACAUACAAAUGAGUCAUGACGCAGCUAUGAGAUCGAAUUUGGAGCACGUUCUUUGUGAGUCAUACAUAAGUUAUGGAGAUUUUCAACUCGAUCAGGGAAAUCAUCGGGAAGCUCUGCAGUGCUACAAACAAGCGUCUAAAAAGGCGCGAAGCAUAAAUGCUUCGGACAAGGUUUGCAAGCUCAAUAUUCGGAUGGCAGCCGCUCAUCGGAGCCUAAAUGAACCGAAGGAUUGCGAGUUUUUGCUCAGAAAUGUAGACCAGAUGACUGCAAGUAACAGGAAAUCCGAAUGCUUCGCCGAGUUGGAACUGCUUAACGGCGAGAUCCACUUCUGGAAUGGAAGACUGUCGGACGCGUUGGAAGCUUUCAAUGGCGCCCGGGACGUUUACAAACAUCUGAAGAUAGAGAGCAAAAUGAUUCAGGCCUGCUGCUUCGGAGCACUGGCCGCAGGGGAAACUCAUUUUGGGCAGUAUGCAAAAUUGGUUAAAAGAGCAGAAUCUCAAGGACCAAUCUCGGAGAACGAAAGCUUGUUCAAACUGCUGCGAUGGAUUGUGGAUAAUGUGCCGUUCUGGUGAACUGGUUUCGAUGAUGAGGAUAUAAAUUUGUUUUGAUGAAAAGAAUUAGCUAUUUUAAACGAUGCAUUCUAUCGAAAUGUAUGAUGUUUGGGUAUAGACCAGCUUUACAUAUUUUUUGAUCCGAUGCAAAUGCCAAAUUUUCAGGCAAUAUCACAGUCAUCAGCCGCAUUAAACAUCAUCAAUAGCUAGUCUUAUCAUUAUCAAUCGAAAUACUGAAAGACAAAAGUGGCUUAACCCUUUGGGAGGUCUCGGACUUCUUCUCGUGGAAUUUACCCAAUUAGUUAUAUUCACAUUUUGGUUUUUCCUACCAGAUAAGUGGAGGAUUUG